AUGCCUGUUCCGCAACAUGUGUUGAACUGGCUGUAUAGCGUCCUUACAAGUGAAUACCACGAUGUAAACCGCACCUACAACGACGUCGCUCAUGCGCUCUCUCGCUACUCCACCCUCUCCCCUCGAACCGAUGUGCACACCUUCCCUAAUGGCGCGAGCGCCCUCUUACUUCACCUCUCGGGUACCCUCCCCGUCGACUUCCGCGGCAGUACUUAUAGAUUCCCCGUCUCGAUAUGGGUUCCUCAUGCCUAUCCCAAGGAACCACCUACGGUAUAUGUCACGCCUACAGAUAAGAUGGUGGUCCGACCAGGCCAGCAUGUCGACCCUCAAGGACAAGUAUAUCACCCAUAUCUAGUGAGAUGGGCCGAAUUUUGGGAUAAAUCAACACUUCAUGAUUUCCUUGCGAUAUUAUCAGACAUAUUUGCCAAGGAGCCACCCGUCGUCUCGCGCCAGCAGGUAUCGCCGGCGCAUGCUCAACCAUCGCCAGUACAAUCUCCGCCACCGGUCCCGCCACUUCCUCCAGAGAUGGCCCCAAGACCCUCAAAUGUCCAGCAGUAUCAUAUACAACAGCAAGAACAGCAUGAUCGGCCUCCCCCGCCCCCUCCCCCACCAAAGACAUCGCAAGGAGCCCCGAUCGCCUACUCUUCUCCCUCAUCUUCUCACGAGAGUGGACCUCCAUUGCCUCCGAUCCCCCAGUCCUCCUCGCCUGUAAACCGGAAACCCUCACGAUAUGAUUCAGCCCCUCCACUGCCGCCUCAGAUACAGAGCCCACCUGUUGGUACUAUGAAUGUGAAUGCUGAGUAUCAGCAUGCUGUGCAAUCUCGACAGCAAUCUAUGAGCCUACCUCCUGGGCCUAGUAUAGGAUCAAAUCAGGGUCUUCCUAUGCCUAUGAAUCCGCCACACCUCCAGCCAGGAACCCAACAGCCUAUCCCCCAAGAGUAUGUACAAGGCCAAUGGGGUUUACCACCGGCUUCGAGCCAGCAGCAAGUGCCACAACCGCCCUGGCAGGGAUACAGGCAACCACAACAAGCACAGCCAAAUCCCGAGCAGCCUCCUCCCCCGGAUCUGAUUGAUGAACCUGUGACGUUGAACGUAUCGGCCCAGUCUUCAGUUGCACCGCCGCCCAUACCUCCCAACCCUGAGAAGGAUGCUUUGUUGGUGCAAGCGGCACACACACUAGCGUCUAUGAGGCAGCAGAGUCGACAGAAGGAUGAAUCCACCAUGGCUGGACUUCAGGCCCAGCGGAACGCCAUGUUGGCUGUGCUACCUACACUCCAGUCCGAGAUGGGGCAACUGGCGCAACUAUCUAAUCUCCUGACAUCCAACUCGUCGAUCCUGCAUGAUGCACUGCAUAAAGCGGAUGGGGUGAUUGAAGGAUCCCGGAGGCACCCGGCACCGGAUAUCGAUGAGCUCCUUGUUGCGCCCACUGUGGUAUCUAAUCAGCUCUACACACUUGUCGCUGAAGAGAGGGCGCUGGGGGAUGCCAUUUUUAUGCUGGGCAGGGCUGUUGAAAGGGGCCGCAUCUCGCCGGCAGUAUUUGCCAAGAUGACGCGGUCUCUAGCACGAGAGUGGUAUCUGAAGAAGGCCUUGGUACGAAAGAUUGGCGUUGGGAUGGGCCUGACAUUGUGA